AUGGUUCCUAUCAACCGCGCCGUCUGGCAAGACACGUUUGGUGUUCCCGGUGUGGUCCGCGAGAGUUCACUCCCUACAAAUGACGAGCUUGGUGACCACAAAGUGCUUGUCAAGGUGUACGCCUGGGCCAUCAAUCCUUGUGACCAUAUACUCCAGGACAGGAAUAUGUUCAAGUACCCCAUCAUCCUGGGUUGCGACAUUGCCGGAGUUGUUGAGAAUGUGGUUCCAGGCUCUACGGCCGCCUCCAAUUUCCGCAUUGGGGACCGUAUCUUAGGCUGUACCGCAAACAAUGGGUUUCAGGAUUAUGUGGCCUUGGAAGACAAACUGCUGACUAAAGUCCUGGACGACAUGGCAUACCGUGAUGCUGUGGUUCUUGGUCUAUGCAGUGCUACCAGUGCUAUGUUUCUGUUUGGAAAGGACUACCUUCGCCUCGAUUACCCUAGGAUCGGAGCACCUAAGAAAGGACAAUCGGUGUUGAUCUGGGGAGGCAGUUCUGCAGUUGGUAGCAAUGCUAUCCAGCUAGCUACGGCCGCAGGCUAUGAUGUGAUUACCACCUGUUCAAAGAAGAACUUUGACUACGUAAAGCGCCUUGGCGCCGUUGAUGUCUUUGACUACACGCAUGCUGAAGUGACUGCAAAACUCGCUGAGGAGCUUGACAGAGGCGAAUGUGCCGGUAUUUUUGUGGCAGCCGGUUUAGAGGAUGGCAAUGUCAUGGCAUGCGAGAUUGCGUCAGCGUGCAAACAGACGCUUAACCUUUCAUCUUCUAGCUUUAUCGGCAACGUAGAUAACAUCCCAAAGGGUGUAAAUGUGAAGCAGCCGACGGCCGGGAAUUUUAAAGCMCCCCCCCCACUAUCUUACAAAGUUGCCCCUCCACCUCUGGUCGUGAGCAGGAAUGGUUUGGAAGGAAUCCAGGAGGCCAUCGACUUGAUGAAAAAGGAUAGAAUAUCAGUGACCAAAUUAGUUGUUGAGCGACCUUAG